CACGUACUUGCACACCAACGACGAGCUCUGAGCUUACGACCAGGGCAGCUUCCAGUCACGGGCACCUUGGAUCAGGCAGCUUGCGGUCUUCCACCUCCUUUUAUUAGGGCGCAUUCUGCCAGCCGCCUAGAUCCUCACGAUGCCGAGUGUCUGAUUUCCAGGUUCCCGCAAUCCCUCACGAUGGCUCUCGAUCCGUCCAGCGGCUUUGCGGCGGCCGAAGCCGUGGCCGGCCUAGCCGCCGACGCAGCGCUGCCCAUCUUCGACGUCCUCCCCGUGCAGCUGCAGUUCUCCAUCGCAGCCGACUUCGUCGCCGGCCAGGCCGCCAACAACGUCCUCGUCAUCGCCCUCUCCAACGGCCGCAUCCUCCGCAUCGACCUGAACAAGCCCGAGGACAUCGACGACAUCGACCUACCCACAACCAAAAAGCCCUCCUCCUCCUCCUCCUCCUCCGAAACCGGCGUGAUCCGGCGCAUGUUCCUCGACCCGACCGCGUCGCACCUCCUGAUCUGCACCUCCUCCGCCGAGAACUACUACCUGCACUCGCAGUCGCGCCACCCGCGACCCCUGGCCCGCCUGCGGGGCGUCACCAUCGAGAGCGUCGCCUGGUCACCGCUGCUGCCCACCUCGUCGACGCGCGAGAUCCUGUUGGGCGCCGCCGACGGGAAUAUCUACGAGGCCUUCAUCGAGACGUCGACCGAGUUCUAUCGGAAGGAAGAUAAGUAUGUCAAGCUGCUGCAGAAACUGCCGGAUGGGCCGGUUACGGGGCUGUGGGUGGAUGCGCUGCCUCCGCCUUCUUCUUCUGCUUCUUUUUCUGGUGCUAAUGGAGGUGCUAAUGGAGGUGGGAAGGGGGCAAGGGGAGAAAUGAGACGGGUGAUGAUUGCUACGCGGGAAAGGCUGUUCCACCUCGCGGGGAAGGUGGGACGCGGACAUGACGGGAGCGGCUCGAUUUAUUCGAGGCUGUUUGAGAGCGAGCAGCCCGUGGUGCACGAGCUGACGCGGGCGACGGCGGCGGCCGCAUCCAUGCUGGUUGUCUCGCCCGAUGCGGCCGCCGAGGGACUGCCGCGGUUCUCGCGAGAGGAUGAGGCUCCCGAGCGGGCGUUUGCGUGGCUCACCUCCCAUGGGGUGUUCCACGGGAAGCUGCUGGCUCAUGCCGGAAGUGGUGCUGAGCUCGGGGCCAAGGUUUUUGCUGAGGCGAAGCUGCUCCCGCGGGCGCAGCUGGUCAGUCCGGAGGGGGCGGGGCGGAAGCAAGUGUCGACUGAGUAUAUCGAUGCGAUUGCGCUCACGCAAUGGCAUGUUAUCAGCCUGGUGGGCGGCAGGGUGGUGGUGGCGAACCGGCUUACGGGGUCCAUCGUCUACGACCAGACCAUCCUGGAUCCCGGCCAGAAAGCGGUCGGGCUGUGUGUGGAUCUCCAGAAGAACACCUUCUGGCUGUUCACCCCGCAGGAGAUAUUCGAGAUUGUCCCGCGGGACGAGGACAGGGAUAUAUGGAAGAUUAUGCUACAAAUGCAGCUGUUCGAUGCCGCCCUGCAGUAUGCGCACACUCCGGCGCAGAGGGAUGCGGUUGCUAUGGCAUCGGGUGAUUACCUCGUCAGCAAAGGGCAAUACGGUGAGGCGGCGGGCGUCUAUGGCAAGAGCAGUAAGCCCUUCGAGGAGGUGGCCCUUGCCUUCAUUGACAACGACCAGCCGGACGCUCUGCGAAAAUAUCUCUUGACUAAGCUAACCACAUACAAGAAGUCGUCCGUCAUGCAGAGGGUGAUGAUUGCGGCGUGGCUGGUGGAGGUGUUUAUGGCGAAGCUCAACUCGCUUGACGACACCAUCGUCACAGGGGCAGAGCUGUCGGACACGCUGAAUCCGACGCAGACGCGAGAACAGUUGGACGCGGUUCGCGCGGAGUUCCAUGACUUUGUGAACAAGCACAAGUCGGACCUCGACCGGAAGACGGUUUACGAUGUCAUCAGCAGCCAUGGUCGGGAGGAGGAGCUGCUCUACUUCGCCGACGCUGUCAAUGACUACAACUAUGUCCUCUCGUAUUGGGUUCAGCGAGAGAGGUGGUCGGAGGCGUUGAAGGUGCUCAAGCGGCAGACGGAUGCCGACGUGUUCUACCGGUACAGCAGCGUGCUUAUGACGCACGCGCCCACGGAGAUGGUCGAGAUCCUGAUGCGGCAGGGCAACCUCAACCCGCGGAACCUCAUCCCGGCCAUGCUCGAGUAUGACCGGCACUACAAGGGCCCGCUGGCCCAGAACCAGGCCAUCCGCUACCUCCAGUACGCCGUCAACCAGCUCGGCUCGACCGACGCUGCCGUGCACAACACGCUCGUUUCCAUCUACGCCUCGCACCCGUCCCGAGACGAGUCCGCGCUGCUGUCUUACCUCGAAUCCCAGGGCGACGAACCCAAGUUCGACCCGGACUUCGCCCUGCGGCUGUGCAUCCAGAACCACCGCGUGCUGUCGUGCGCGCACAUCUACACCAGCAUGGGCCAGUACGUGCAGGCGGUCAACCUGGCGCUCUCGCACGACGAAGUCGAGCUGGCGUCCAUCAUCGCCGACCGGCCCAUGUCCAACCCGGCCCUGCGCAAGAAGCUGUGGCUCGCCGUGGGCCGCAAAGUCAUCUCGCAGCAGUCGGGCGGCAGCAUCAAGACGGCCAUCGAGUUCCUCAAGCGCUGCGACCUGCUCAAGAUCGAGGACCUCAUCCCCUUCUUCCCGGACUUUGUCGUCAUCGACGACUUCAAGGAGGAGAUCUGCGCCGCGCUCGAGGAUUACAGCCGCAACAUCGACGCGCUGCGGCGCGAGAUGGACGAGUCCAGCCAGACGGCCGCUAACAUCAAAGUCGAUAUCGCCGCGCUCGACCGGCGGUAUGCGAUCGUGGAGCCCGGGGAGAAGUGCUAUGGCUGCGGGCUGCCGCUGCUCAGCAGGCAGUUCUUCGUGUUCCCCUGCCAGCACGCCUUCCACUCGGACUGCCUCGGGCGGAGGGUGCUGGAGCAGAGCGGCGAGGCGAAGGCCAGGCGCAUCAGGGAGUGCCAGGUGCAGAUCAGUAAGGGGCUGGUUGCGGGCGAGAAGAGGGAGGCUAUGAUUGCCGAGUUGGAUGCGUUGGUUGCGUCGGCCUGUAUUCUCUGCAGCGACUAUGCGAUUCGGAGGAUCAAUGAGCCGUUUAUCAAGGAAGGCGAGGAUCAAGAGGAGUGGGCUCUCUAGGAGAGAGAGACAGAGAGGGAUCUGAUCGGAGAGACGGGGCCAUGGGUAGACGUUUUGUCUGGUGAAACUGUGUGACGGAGAGCUGAUACCCGGUUUACUACUGAAUGCUAUGUAUGCGGAAAAACGCCGAACUAUAUACAUGAGCUU